UAAACGAAAGUACAGAAUAAUACAUAUUUGUAUGAAAAAAGAGAUUUUAUGCCUCGAAGACCUUCACCCUUGAUCUUCUGGUGUUAUUCAUGUCCUUGUAUUCUCCCAGAAUCAUUACCUCCUCCCACUGGUACAGUCAAGUCUUGCUUGUUCUGUCCUUACAUUCUUUAGAGAGAAGUCACAAGAGACAAGCAAACAUCUCCUUUGCUAAUAAUGCUGAUCACUUCCUACAAUGUAAUAUCUAUGUGCAAUUUUUUGGGAAGACCUCCUACCAAACAGGUAAGAAUGGAAAGACACAAAGAGAAGAAAGUGGAGAAAGACCUCUGUCUUCCCACACUGGAUUUUGCAAAUACAAGUCUUCUGUGAUACAGGAAACUAAAAAGAGGGAAAAGUGGCAAUUAAGAAAAACUGCCAGAAAAUAAAUACCUUGAUGACCCAAUUUGGAAAACUGCUUCUGGAUAAGGAAACACUAUUACCCAAUAUGCUAAUUUUUAAAAUACCCAAAGAAUUGAGCAAAAAGGACUUUGGCAAGGUGGGUUGUUGGAUUUAAAACCGUUCUCCCAUUAAUGCCAAAGCCAGCAGAGAUACCAACUAUAGCUCCAUGGCCAGAAGGUACCAGCAGCUUUGCUUUUACUGAAAUUUCAACUGGAGAAAGGUCCACAGCACAAUGAGGCUUUUCACAGGCAUUGUUUUCUGCUCCUUGGUCAUGGGAGUCACCAGUGAAAACUGGUUUUCGUUUUUCAAGGAGGCUCUCCAAGGGGCUGGGGACUUGGGCAGAGCCUAUUGGAAUGUGUUGACAUCCAGUCACCAGAAUUCAAACAGAUAUUUCUAUGCUCAGGGAAACUAUGAUGCUGCCGAAAGAGGACCUGGGGGUGUCUGGGCUGCUAAACUGAUCAGCAGUACCAGGGUCUAUCUUCAGGGACUUUUAGACUAUUAUUUAUUUGGAAACAGCAGCACUGUAUUGGAGGACUCGAAGUCCAAUGAGAAAGCUGAGGAAUGGGGCCGGAGUGGCAAAGACCCUGAUCGCUUCAGACCUGACGGCAUGCCUAAGAACGACUGAGCUUCCUGCUCCUCUGCUCUCCGGCGACUGGGCUGUGAGCCACACACUUCUCCCCCCAGACAGGGACACAGGUUCACUGAGCUUGGUGUCCCCAGGAACUGGUAUAGGGCACCUAGAGGUGUUCAAUAAAUGUUUGUCAAAUUGAA